UUGGUUUAUGUGAUUAUGGAGGCUGUCACUGUGUCAACCAGCACAGAUGUUUCUCUUUCUUCCUAUGAUGAAGAUCAGGGAUCUAAACAUAUCCAGAAAGCUAAAGAAGCAUGGGGUUUGCAGCAAUCGUUGCAUAUGUCUGCUCACCUGAUCCACAUGUGUGUGGCAGCCCAAGGUUUUGUUGUGGGAGCAAUGACCCUUGGUAUGGGCUAUUCCAUGUAUAAGGAAUUCUGGGCAAGACCUAAACCUUAG